AUGAGCACGUCAAGCGGGCAGCAUAAGCGGCAUUCUUCUGAUGGUGUUGAUCCUUUCUCCCAUCCGGAUAUCUACUACGGCGAGCAGCGAGGGAUAAAGAAGCAGAGUAACCACCACAGGCGAGCCCUAUCAUCGACUUUGAAGAGGUUUAAUGCCGGAGACCUCGACCACCUAGUUGCUCGCAGAGGUAGCCACGAUGAACAUACAUACUCUCGAAAAUUCCUCAUCGAUGUGGAACCGACUUUGCAGGCCCUCCUCGAGAGGGAAGAUACGGACAACAAUAUGCAGAUUACCAUAGAGGAUGCUGGCCCCAAGGUGCUUCAUGUGGGCACUGCAGCAUCGUCAGGUUUCAGAAAAUCCGACCUGCGAGGGACCUAUAUGCUCUCGAAUUUGCUUCAAGAGCUUACUAUCGCGAAGGAUUAUGGGAGGAAACAGAUAGUACUUGACGAGCAACGCUUGAACGAGAACCCUGUCAACCGACUAUCUCGUCUAAUCCAAAAUUCUUUUUGGAAAGCUUUAACAAGGCGAAUCGACGGCUCCAAUAUCGAGGUUGUCGGGAGAGACCCCAAGGACUGGACCGACGACCCAAGACCACGGAUUUACGUACCACCCGGGGCUCCGGAGCAGUAUGAAUACUAUAAAAGGAUUGCUGAGGCGCGACCUGAGCUGCGGCUAGAUGUCCGAAUUCUACCAGCCGGAGAAGUCACGCCAGAGUAUGUGAGGGACCUGAACGACAAACCAGGAUUGCUAGCUCUGGCGAUGGAGGAAUUCGUGGAUCCGAACACAGGGAAGAAAGACCUUCGAGGAGUUCCAUAUGUCGUACCUGGAGGGCGCUUCAAUGAGCUCUACGGCUGGGAUAGCUACAUGGAAUCCCUAGGUCUACUAGUCACCGAGCAUGUGGAACUAGCCAAGGCUAUGGUUGUGAAUUUCUGCUUCUGCAUCAAGCAUUAUGGGAAGAUUCUCAAUGCCAAUCGGUCGUACUACUUAUGCCGCUCUCAGCCCCCUUUCCUCACCGAUAUGACGCUGAGGGUAUAUGACCGAAUUAAAACGCAGCCAGGUGCGGCAGAUUUCCUCAAGGAGGCUAUUCUUGCUGCCAUCAAAGAAUACCACAGCGUUUGGGUAUCCAAGCCACGACUAGACCCAAUCACAGGGUUAUCUAGAUACCGUCCGUCUGGCAUCGGUGUCCCACCUGAGACAGAGCCAACCCACUUCUAUCACAUCUUAUUGCCGUAUGCCAAGCAACAUGGAGUGACGUUUGACGAAUUCGUCAAGGGAUAUGACAGUGGAGAGAUCAAGUGUGCAGAACUUGACGAAUAUUUCCUGCAUGACCGUGCGGUACGGGAAUCCGGGCAUGACACCUCCUAUCGCCUCGAAAAGGUAUGUGCUAACCUAGCAACGAUCGACCUGAACUGCCUCCUUUACAAAUAUGAGGUAGACAUUGCGCGUGUUCUACGCGAGCAUUUCAAGGACAAACUGUUCAUACCUCAGGAAUUCCGGACCCCUGAGACUCAAACGAGGGAGUUUGAAAGUUCAUCGUUAUGGGAUCGUCGCGCGAAAAGAAGAAAGGCGGCAAUUGACAAGUACAUGUGGAAUGAGCAGAAAGGCAUGUACUUCGACUAUGAUACGGUCAAGGAAGAGAUGACUAGCUAUGAAAGUGCAACCACUUUCUGGGCUAUGUGGGCAGGAGUCGCAAAUCCACGACAAGCGGCUCUUCUUGUUAGUAAAGCGCUUCCUAAAUUCCAAGCCUACGGAGGCCUUGUCUCAGGAACGGAAGAAUCCAGAGGCAAAAUUGGAAUAGACCGUCCCAACCGUCAAUGGGAUUACCCGUACGGAUGGGCACCGCAGCAGAUACUCGCGUGGACUGGACUGAUACGAUAUGGAUAUGAAGAGGAAGCAGAAGGGUUGGCAUAUAAAUGGCUGCACAUGGUCACCAAGGCCUUUGUCGAUUUCAACGGAACGGUGGUUGAGAAGUACGACGUCACGCGUCCCAUUGACCCCCACCGGGUUGACGCCGAGUAUGGCAAUCAGGGUAUUGAUUUCAAGGGAGUAUCGCGGGAAGGGUUCGGAUGGGUGAAUGCAAGUUAUGUUUUCACCGACUUGCCUGGAUAUCAGCCUGAUAUCAUGCUCAGCUCGACGAACGCGCCCCCUGUGACGUGCGCCGGAAGACAGCCGACCUACGAACACCAGCCGCUGGCCAACUCCAUAGCUGCCAAAACCUCAGCCGAGGCAUCGUUCGCCCUUCCAUACCAGCGUUAUCAGAUCGUUCGCCCUUCGUCUGUCGCCUUCGAUCCAGAUUCGGCCAGCUUCCGCCUGGAAAAUCCCCGGGAGAAUUACAUGUCAGGUGACGCCGCUCCUGCGCCUUUCAUUUCCCAUUUCCACUGGCGCGGAACUCUUUUGAGAUCAUCAAACAUGGCGUACGUUGAACAAGAGGAACAGAAAUACUGGCAAGAUGUCCAGCAAGUCAAGAAGUGGUGGCAGGACUCGAGGUGGCGAUACACCAAACGGCCCUUCACCGCCGAGCAGAUAGUUGCCAAACGUGGUACUUUGACGAUUGACUAUCCCUCAAACGCCCAGAGCAAGAAGCUAUGGAAUAUCUUGGAGGGUAGAUUCGCGAACAAAGAGGCGAGUUUUACUUAUGGCUGCCUCGAGCCAACCAUGCUUACCCAGAUGGUGAAAUAUUUGGAUACCGUUUAUGUUUCUGGAUGGCAGAGUUCGUCGACGGCUUCGUCGACCGACGAGCCAUCCCCUGACUUGGCGGAUUACCCAAUGAAUACUGUCCCAAACAAAGUCAACCAGCUCUUCCUUGCCCAGUUAUUCCACGACCGAAAACAGAGAGAGGAACGACUCCGCGCGCCCAAGGACCAGCGCAACAGCCUACCAAACAUUGACUAUCUCCGACCCAUCAUCGCAGAUGCCGAUACCGGCCACGGUGGUCUUACCUCUGUCAUGAAACUUACAAAACUGUUCAUCGAGCGUGGAGCUGCUGGAAUUCAUAUCGAGGAUCAAGCCCCUGGAACGAAGAAGUGUGGACACAUGGCUGGAAAAGUCCUUGUUCCAAUCAGUGAACACAUCAACCGCCUUGUUGCCAUUCGAGCUCAGGCUGAUAUUAUGGGUACCGACCUUCUGGCAAUUGCACGAACUGAUUCUGAAGCCGCAACCUUAAUCACCAGCACCAUCGACCCAAGGGACCACGCUUUUAUCGUUGGAUCCACCAACCCCGAUAUCAAGCCUCUUAACGAUCUAAUGGUCGCCGCCGAACAAGCAGGCAAGAACGGUGCCGAGCUCCAGCAAAUCGAGGAUGAUUGGAUCAGCCAAGCCGGGCUCAAACGCUUCCAAGAUGCAGCCAUCGAUCAAAUAAACGCAACUUCUUCUAUCUCCAACAAGAAGGCUGUCAUUGACAAGUUCCUCGGUGAUGUCAAGGGCAAGAGCAACACAGAGGCUCGUGCUAUUGCCAAGGAAUUAACUGGUCGUGAUAUCUACUGGAACUGGGAAUCUCCACGAACCAGAGAAGGGUUCUACAGAUACCAGGGUGGAUGCGAAUGCGCCGUCAACCGUGCCAUUGCAUAUGGACCAUUCGCUGACCUAAUCUGGAUGGAGAGCAAGCUGCCUGAUUAUGCCCAGGCCAAGGAGUUCGCUGACGGCGUACAUGCUGUCUGGCCCGAACAAAAGUUGGCAUACAACCUCUCACCUUCCUUCAACUGGAAGACCGCCAUGCCUCGCGAUGAGCAAGAGACCUACAUUCGCCGCCUCGGUGAGCUUGGCUAUAGCUGGCAGUUCAUCACCCUCGCCGGUCUACACACUACAGCCUUAAUAUCAGACCAGUUUGCCAAGGCAUACGCCAAGCAAGGAAUGCGCGCAUACGGAGAGAUGGUUCAGGAGCCAGAGAUGGAUAGCAAGGUUGACGUAGUUACCCACCAAAAAUGGAGUGGCGCAAACUACGUGGAUGAGCUACUGAAGAUGGUUACUGGUGGUGUGAGCAGUACAAGUGCCAUGGGUAAGGGUGUUACUGAGGAUCAGUUCAAGUAG